AUGUGCGGUGGAGGUUCAGCUGGAGGUACAGCUUCAACAAUCACAAAUGUCGCCAACUGGACCGCCUGCUUCCUGGCCUGCGAUGGCUACAAUGGCUGUACUGGGUUCAGUUACAAUCAAGGCGCUGCUCUCGGCAACGGAGUGGGUCAAUGCUUGAUCAAGACGGACAGUCCUCAAUCCUUUGUCAGCACAGUCAAUAUGCUAAGCACGAGGAUCGCCGGAUACGUUCGACCAUUUAUCACCACCUCCAGCUCAGUGGCAACGAGCGCAAGUGCGGCUGCGACUGCAAGUACUUCCUCAACAGUGGUCUUGAGUAGCUCGGGCGUUCUGAGUUCCAGCACUAUACCAUCUAUGACCUCCUUCAGCACUUCGACGAUUUCUUCGACUUCUGCUGCGUCCCCUUUUUCGAGUGUAUCGAGCUCCAGUUCAUCGAUUAGCUCAAGCUCAUCGAUUAUGCUGAGCUCCAGCUCAUCGUCGAUCACCUCCAGCUCUACUAUCUCAUCAACUGUAGUUGCUCCUUCCUCGACACCUGUCGCUGCACCUUCUUGUCCAGCAUCGAACGGCACCACUUAUACUGAUGCGGGCGGUCUCCAAUACACCAUACUGUGCACUUACGACACUUCGGCUAAUGUUAUCACGACAUCGUCCAACAUCAGUAACUUUGAUGGUUGUACUGUGCUCUGUGAUGCCACUGCUGGGUGUACCGGUCUUACCUGGAAUGGCACUGUUUGCUCACUUAAGCAGUUUUUCGGUCAAUACAUUCUUGGCGCUGUCAAGAUUUAA